AUGGAGCAAUCCCUCGGGCUCUGCACGGGCGUCACGUGGGCCCAGAAGUCGGAGGCCACCCCGGCAGCUGGGCCGGAGACGGCGACGAAGGGCGUCCCGGCGUCCGGGUCAUCGUCGGCGCUGGGGGCCUCAGAGGAGGUGCUGGCCGCGUCGCGAGCGGCCAGCGGGGAGUACGCCUUGCAUCUCAACGCCUUUCGGGUCGCCGCCUACAAUCGUCUCCUGGGCAAGCACCGGGAGCUCAUGGAGCAGCUUGCCGCCAAGGAAGAAGAGCUCCGCGUCGCCGCAUCCGAGGUGCUGUCCUGGCGGACUUGUCUGCUCCGGGCCGGUCAUCACUACGACCGGCUUGUCGCCGACACCGGCGGUCUUGGCGUCGAGGCGGCGCAGGCGAGGGCGGAGGCGGCCGCGGCUCGGCGGUCUCUCGACGAGGCCAACCGGCUGCAUGAGCAGCUGGCGGGUCACAAGAGCCGCCUCGAGGCCGAGGUGGAGCUCCUUAAGGCGGAAGCCGCCAAGGUGGCAGAAGCGCAGCAUGCCCUGGUGGAGGCGGACCAGCAGCGCGGCCAGCUGGCCGACGACAAGGGCCGGCUCCAGGCGGAGGUGGAUCGCCUGCGGGGGCAGGUCACCACGGCUGAGUGGGCCCGUCAGGACGAGGCCCGUCGCCGCGAGGCGGCCGAGAAGGCGGCCGAAGACAAGGAUGCCGAGCUGAAGGCGGCCCUUGCCAAGGCGGCCGAUCUGGAGAAGGCGCUCGAGGAGCGCGACCGCGCCAUCGAGCUGGAGCGGCGUGGGGUCUUCCCAGAGACGCAGUGA